AUGAGUUCUGUUGCCACGUUGGAUGUGGCAGCUGAUCAGGAUUUUAUAGGUGAUGGCUCAAAGAGUAGAGAUUCAGGUACCAGAUGUUUUGUAGCUGAUGGAUUAUCCGACUAUGUAUGUAGUAGUCAAAUAACGCAACCUGAGAAAGAAGGUGGAAUAAAAGAAACGAUAAAGGAUGGGAAUAAGAAGUCCAAGUUGAGUAAGUGUCAAGUGGAAAUAGCCCGUCUGCGAAUGUAUGCCAGUGGAGAAGUGGGGGGAAGUACCGAUUUAGCCGCCGAGCGGAGAGUGCUUGUACAGUUUUUGGAGAUGGUAGAUCAGGAUGUCUUGAUGGUGAGUGGAGAAAGCGGGGAAAAGUUGCUUAAGGUUCAAAGAGGGAUUAAGGAUGACAGAUGGAGACAAAUUCUUAGAGUAGCGCAUAAUAAAUGUUUGGAAUGGGAGGUAAACAAUAGCAAACAGAAUAUGGAAGCGUUUACGACGGACACGAGCAGGAAAUCUCGGAAAAGGGGAAAUAGAUCAACUGCACGGAAUGCAGUUGUUAUGGCUAAAAGGUUGGUUUCGAAGAUGUACAAGGAUUUGUCGUGUGAAGUAACCAUAGGAUUAGAUUCGGCAAACAGAUGGAUUUUAUGCAUAAGGGUUUGGUUGAGCUAUUUGCCACAGAGUUUGAACAAAUUUUCUACAGAGACAAAGAGUUUUCUAGAUACAUGGUUUUCGCAAAGGGCGGCGCCAAGUUCUCCGUCGUCUUUGGAUCCACUGCCGCCUUCGCCUUUCAUUCAGGGAAAAUUUGUUUCACAAACGGUGGCUCACACUAGACAGCGAUUAUCAAGGUGGUAUUCUGACCCCGUGAGAGAUGUGCCUGGUUUGAAUUUACACCUUUUACCCUUUCAAUCGAGUACAGUGGAAUGGAUGCUAUCUAAGGAAGUAGGAGAAUUCUUACCUCGCUACCUGGGGAAAACCAAACAGGAAUUGUUACAGUUUUUGAACGGUUGUGUGUCCUAUGGAUACGAAUCUAUAUCACAAGAUUUAUUCUGGAAUAAAUUCACGAAUUUCGUUUUAACAGGAGAAGAAGUGGAACAGAUUUAUUCGGGAAUGUGGGCUAAACGUGAGGAAUUUAACCAGAGAGCCAGGGGAAUAUUGUGUGAAGAAAUGGGGUUGGGUAAGACUAUUGAAAUUUUAUCGUUAAUAUUAUUAAACCAAAGGAAUUUGUCGGAUAUACCGCGGACUUUUAUUGCAGAAGAUGGUAAGACGAUCUUAAGGACAUCUACUACUUUAAUUAUUUGUCCCAAUGCAAUUUUACAACAAUGGAUUAACGAAGUAGAAUCUCAUACAAAUGAUAUGAGUAUCUUCCACUAUAAAGGAUUUUUACCAGUAAAGAAAUUUUUCAAAACUGAUAAUAUCUGGGAAAUCGUUGAUCAAUUAUCACAUUACGACAUCGUCAUAACCUCAUAUAAUGUAGUGUCGACAGAAGUUCACUAUGCUGAGUAUAACGCAAGUUCAAGACCGAGACGUUCGACGUGUCCCAUUAAAUAUGACUAUUCUUCGCCGUUGUCACUGAUGCAAUUCUUCCGAAUUAUCUUGGACGAGGUUCAAAUGUUACACAGUGAUAGUACUAAGGCCGCUAAGUGCACGAGUCUUUUACACAGGGUCCAUACUUGGGGGGUAUCAGGUACACCAAUCCAGUUGGUUAAAGAUUUUCAAACGGUUUUAUCAUAUCUAAAGAUUUCACCAUUCCACGAAUUACCAGAAAUUAUAUCUUCAGUUAAUAACAACGUCAUUCAACGACAAAAGGAGCAACUGGUACAAGGAGUAAAAUUCACUUUAUCUGAGCUUUUGAAUAUCCCUAUCGAACAAGAUCUGACUGUAAGACAUUCUAGGGAGGAUGUGAUUUCACAAAUUCAUAUACCGAGACAGCAUAACUAUAUUGUCCCCUUAGAAUUUGCACCGGUGGAAUGGGAUAAUUAUUUGGAUGUUUGGAAUAGUUUUGUUACGGUAUCAGGUUAUGGACCCAAUGGUACGGAUUCCCCACGCUUGAAUACGAUUCAAUUGAACCAAUGGUUAACACGGUUAAGGUACUUGUGCUGCCAUGCGGUUUUCCCUGAUUCUCAUACAAAUUCGAAGGGUCAAUCACAUUCUUCUAAUGCUUCGUUGCAUAAUAUCGAUGAUAUUUUGAAACUCAUGACAACAGAUGCGAUUGAAAAAUUAGAUUCCCUUUAUAGGGACAAUUACCAAUUACAGAUUCGAUCGGCUCAGGCGAAGAGUGAGUUGCAGAAUAAUCCGGAUGGUGCCAUUGAUUUGUUACAUUCUGUACAGGAAAAAUUAAGCGAAGAUCUUAAGGAGAAAUGCUUAGUGGAUGACCCCUUUGACACUGAUGGGAUACCCGUGGAGGAGAGAUCAGGAACCCCAGCCACCAAAGAUUCUCCUGAAGGUGUUAGCUCUAUAAGGACAAGGGCAUAUUUGGAUCUUCUUCAUCAAUGCUUCUUCUUAAUGGCAACUGCCUACUAUAACAAGGGUUCGAGUAGAUUGGAGUAUGUGGAUGAUGAAAAUGAAAAACUGGCUCUUAAGCAAUCUGAUGAGAAACCCAAGACUUAUACUGAUGUUUAUAACGUGGAAGAAAUGAAGGAUAUUGAAAAAAAUCAGCGGUUGGAACAAGAAUACUACGGGUAUGCGGAGAGAUUGAGGAAAAGAAUUCUAUUUGGUAGAGUGCAAAAGGUUGAUAUCUUUGUUAAGGAGACUCAAGAUUACUUUGAAAAUGAUUCAUCAUCUAGACCUCAAAGUUUACAAUAUAUUGAGUUCAGUAGUUCUAAUAAUUUCGCGAAUAGUAUGUUAGUAUCCCGUUGCUUCCAACUUCUCUCGUUGCUCAUCAAUUCAUUGAAUGAACAGGCAUUACAGUUUAACCAGUUGUUUGGUGAGUUGGCUCAGCUGGUCUACGAACCUAUCAUUAGAGAUUAUGAUGAGACCAAUGAAGAUGAAAAGGCACAGGAGUAUUCGAAUUCUAUUGAAAACCAAGAUAAAAUGUUUGCCAUUCUUGCUUGUAUGGAACAAUUGUUAGAAAAUAGAAAUAGUAUACUGACUUCAGAUGAAACUAUCAAGCUUUCCAAAAAGACCUUCAAACCGCAGGCAGGUCAAAAAAUCUCUGAUUAUCACAGUGAAUUACUUUCGAAUUUAAAACUAAUUAGUGGAACUCCUUUCAAACCAAUAUUUGACGAUUUGAAAAAUGCUAAGGUCGUUAGAAACGUUUCUACCUCGAAAUCAAGCCAUAAAAGUACUAGCCCUCAAGAAUUUGAGGAUUACUUGCUACGGUAUGAGGAAGAAAUUCCUCGAAUGGUUCGUGAGGACAAGUGCAUUAGAGAUUCUUUAAAGAAAUUGAACAUAGUUUACAAUGCCAAGUUGGAAUACUACAGUCAUUUACAAAGAAUCUCUGAUUCGUUGGUCCCUCUUUUACAAUUAGAGAAUGUUACGAGAAACGCAAUUGUUAAAUCGAUAAGAGACGAUACACAGUAUAGAAGAAAUUUGGAAAAAAUCAGCUCUGCAGAAUCCAGGGUCAAAUAUCUGAAUGGGUUGAAUAAACUCAAGGAAUCCAUCAAACAUAAUCAAUCAUUUUCAUGUGCCAUCUGUUUAGGGACAAUCCAUACCGGAUCUAUUAUUAAAUGUGGGCAUUUCUUUUGCAGAAAGUGCAUUCAUAGUUGGUUAAAGAAUAAUCAGUCUUGCCCCUUGUGUAAGACGAGAGCUACGCUUUUAGAAGUCUACAAUUUCAAAUUUAAAGAAGAACCUGAGGAGGAGUCACCGCCAUCAAGUAGUUCAAGUUCAGAGAAGAAGAACGAUUCUCAAAAUACUAAUGGAAAUGAUAACAAACAGUUUAAAAGAGAACAUCUGGAUCCUGUUCUAAAGCAAAAAUACGAAUUUUUUCCUCAGUUUGAAGAAGUUCACAAAAUGGUUAUUAAAGAAAGUUUCGGCGCUAAAAUAGAUUUCGUCAUCAAACUCAUACUUUUCCUCAAGUUGAAGAGCGAGUCUGAAUCUGAUCAGGAAGAUCCACCACAGAUUUUAAUGUAUUCUCAAAGUUUUGAAUUUUUAAAAGUUAUUUCUAAAGUUUUGAACAUCUAUGAAAUCAAGCAUCUAUCCUGUUGGGCAAAUGUAACAAAUGUGGGGGAAGCCAUAUCAAAAUUUAAAAGAAAUACCUCCAUUACAUGCCUACUUUUAAAUGUUAAGUCUCUGGGUGCGGGACUCAACCUUUUGAAUGCCAGACAUGUUUUCCUACUAGAUCCCAUUAUAAAUCGUGGUGAUGAGCUACAAGCAAUGAGUAGAAACAAUCGAAUUGGACAAACCAAGGAAACCUACGUUUGGAAUUUCAUGAUUAAGAAUUCUGUGGAGGAAAACAUUUUCAAGUAUAAAUGUGUUUUGGAAGGUCGCAGAAGACUGUUGGGUGAAAAGCUCAAAGUUAAACAGGAGAAUCUCGACACGAUGACCGUCGAGGAAGAGGAAAGAGAAGAAUUGGAGAUGAAUGAAAGUACGGGGGAACAAGUUUGCGGAAAGCAUUUGAAAAAUUGUUUCUUCCCAUGUACUUCAUAA